CUAGAGCGAGAGAAACCGGAAGUUAAAGUCAUAUUCACGCAGGCAAGGAAAAUAAAUACGAAAACACAAGCUCAAGGAGGCGAAAGUCAAGUCAUUUUUAGAAGAAAAUCAGAAACCUUCUGAAGAUAAUGUGUUUUACUGUGGGUCGAGACACCGUGGCUUUGGAGAGGUAGGACUGUAGCUUACCAAGAUCAAAGAGCGAGAUGUGACGUGCGCAUUGCUCGGUAAAGGCAAGGUUAUCAAAUAGCUAAAUGGAGUCGGAGCAGCUUUUCAAUAGAGGGUAUUCCCGAAACAGUUACAACAGCAUAGCAAGUGCCAGCAGCGACGAGGAGCUUCUAGAUGGAGCCGGCAUCAUCAUGGACUUCCACACCUCGGAAGACGACAUUUUAUUAGAUGGAGAAGCUUCAUCCGGGAGUAAUUAUACAAUGAUAAAUGGGGGAAGCAGUUCAACACAUUUACUGGACCUUCUAGAUGAGCCCAUUCCAGGAGUUGGGACCUAUGAUGAUUUCCACACAAUUGACUGGGUUCGAGAAAAGUGCAAAGACAGGGAAAGGCACAGAAAGAUUAACAGCAAGAAGAAAGACUCUGCGUGGGAGUUUACAAAGAGCUUGUAUGAUGCUUGGUCAGGAUGGUUAGUUGUGACGCUAACAGGCUUGGCUUCUGGUGCCCUGGCAGGUUUGAUAGACAUUGCUGCUGACUGGCUAACCGACCUGAAGGAAGGCGUCUGCGUCAGUGCAUUGUGGUUUAAUCACGAACAGUGCUGCUGGGGAUCAAAUGAAACUACCUUUGAGGAAAGGGACAAAUGUCCCCAGUGGAAGACGUGGGGGCACCUUAUCCUCGGACAGGCAGAAGGUCCGGGUUCCUAUAUAAUGAACUACAUCAUGUAUAUCUACUGGGCUUUGUCUUUUGCCUUCCUGGCUGUUUGUAUGGUAAAGGUGUUUGCACCAUAUGCCUGUGGCUCUGGCAUACCAGAGAUCAAAACGAUCCUGAGCGGGUUCAUCAUUCGAGGGUACCUGGGCAAGUGGACACUAUUGAUUAAGACUGUAACUCUGGUGCUGGCUGUGGCUUCAGGCCUGAGUCUGGGGAAGGAGGGGCCUCUUGUGCAUGUUGCCUGUUGUUGUGGCAACAUCUUCUCAUAUCUAUUCCCAAAGUACAGCAAAAAUGAAGCGAAAAAACGAGAGGUGCUGUCGGCUGCUUCUGCGGCUGGAGUGUCUGUUGCAUUCGGUGCUCCGAUAGGCGGCGUCCUGUUUAGUUUGGAAGAGGUUAGCUAUUACUUCCCCCUGAAAACGCUCUGGAGGUCAUUCUUUGCCGCUCUUGUCGCUGCGUUUGUCUUGCGCUCCAUCAACCCCUUUGGAAACAGCAGGCUGGUGCUGUUCUACGUGGAGUACCACACCCCCUGGUAUCUGUUUGAACUCUUCCCCUUCAUCCUGCUGGGGGUCUUUGGAGGGCUCUGGGGGGCCUUCUUCAUCCGCGCCAACAUAGCCUGGUGCCGUCGGCGCAAGUCCACGCGCUUCGGGAAGUACCCGGUCCUGGAAGUGAUCACCGUGGCAGCCAUCACGGCGAUCGUGGCGUUCCCCAACCCCUACACCCGGCAGAACACCAGCGAGCUCAUCAAAGAGCUCUUCACCGACUGCGGGCCCCUCGCCUCCUCCCAGCUCUGCCAGUACCGCAGCGAGAUGAACGGCAGCAAGGUGGUGGACGACACCCCAGAGCGGCCGGCCGGGCCCGGAGUCUACUCAGCCAUGUGGCAGCUCUCCCUGGCGCUCGUCUUCAAAAUCAUCAUGACCAUCUUCACCUUUGGCAUCAAGGUGCCUGCGGGCCUGUUCAUUCCCAGCAUGGCUAUCGGGGCGAUCGCUGGCAGGAUUGUGGGCAUUGCGGUGGAGCAGCUGGCUUACUACCACCACGACUGGUUCCUGUUCAAGGAGUGGUGUGAGGUCGGGGCAGACUGCAUCACACCAGGACUCUACGCCAUGGUCGGCGCUGCUGCUUGUCUUGGUGGUGUGACCCGAAUGACCGUGUCCCUGGUGGUCAUUGUGUUCGAGCUGACUGGUGGUCUGGAGUACAUCGUGCCCCUGAUGGCAGCAGUGAUGACCAGUAAGUGGGUGGGGGAUGCCUUUGGCAGGGAGGGCAUCUAUGAAGCGCACAUCCGCCUGAACGGCUACCCCUUCCUGGACGCCAAGGAGGAGUUCACUCACACCACGCUGGCCUCCGAGGUGAUGCGGCCGGGCCAGGGCGCUGCCCCCCUGUCCGUGCUCACGCAGGACGACAUGACCGUGGAGGAGCUGGAGGCCAUGAUCAGUGACAGUAGCUACAACGGCUUCCCCGUCAUCGUGUCAAAGGAGUCCCAGAGACUGGUGGGGUUUGCUCUGAGGAGAGAUAUCACCAUUGCCAUUGAAAAUGCCCGUCGAAAGCAGGAGGGUAUUGUCAGGACAUCCCGAGUGUACUUCACCCAGCACUCCCCGCCGCUCCCGGCAGACAGCCCCCGGCCUCUGAAACUGAGAGCCAUCCUGGACAUGAGCCCCUUCACCCUCAGCGACCACACCCCCAUGGAGAUCGUGGUGGAUAUCUUCAGGAAGCUGGGCCUGAGGCAGUGCCUCGUCACACACAACGGGCGCCUCCUUGGCAUUAUAACAAAAAAAGAUAUCCUCCGUCACAUGGCCCAGAUGUCAAACCUCGACCCAGAGACAAUAAUGUUCAAUUAAACCCCAUUGAGUCGAGGGGAGGACAGAAGAGGGGGAGGAGAAGGGAGACGGAAGAGGAGUGGAGAUGGAAGAAAAGACAUGGAAGAGGAUGAGGGGAGACAGAGGAGGGGGAGACUGGAGAGGAAGAGGAAGUCCUUCUGUUGAACAGCACAACGCUCUGACCCUGGAUCCCUCCUCAUUUGUAACUUAAGUGAAAUAAAAAUAAAAAGAAGAAAGUGAUUCUGCAACAACGUUUGCACACGAUGCUGCUUCAGUUGUGAUGCACUUCAGUAUCAUACAGGGAAGAUUACCCCUCCCCGUUGUGGCUAGAAGAGGUCUGGCCAUGAUAGGCAAACAAUGCACUUUGCGCUUCUGUUUCUGUGAUGUAAAGUGUCAGAUUAAACAGGGCAUCCACAGGACAGAAUGCUGAAAGUGAUGUGAGCCAUCUGUAUAAGACUGCAGGGGGCUGCCCUUUGUCACAAAUCUUUUCCACAUUCCAUAAUCAUUCAACUCAGCUGCUUUUUUAUUUUAUAUUUUUUUUAAAAAUUUUUUAACCCUUUUAGGAAUCUGGCGUGCCACCAAAACAGUUAUUUUUCUCAGGUUGAGGUGCUGUUUUUUCAUGCUUGUGUUAAUAUUGAGCAAAAACUCUAAAUAAUUCAAGUUUAAAGAGAAGUUUUAAAGGUUCUUGUAGUGUUCCUCAUUUUGAUGUUUCAGUCAGCUUCAUGUUUUGCUCUAAGUUUGUUCCUGUAUUUUGAGUAAGAAGAUGGUGGUAGAAUUGUGACAAACAGCAGAUGCACUAAUGAUGCCCUGCACUGCAUCUAGAAACCCCACUGAUUCGGAGGCCGUUUCAGCAACACCACACGUGGUGGCCAGUGAAGGAGGAGGUCCUGCAUAGUCAUGUGUUGGUGCACUCACUGAUUCAAGCUUUUCUUCCUGCUGCCAGCAGUCUGUAACAUUGCACUUGCGUUUAUUUUGUGUUUGUUAUUAAAAAACAAGUAAUUGUAGGCUGAUAUUUACAGUGAAAAAAAGUCUACAGUAUGUCCCUUU